UACCGCCGCACUCCGCUCUCUGCUGCGUUUCAUCCCUCCAUAUUGGCGACAGAACGUGGAAAUGGCGCUCUCCAACCCUUGGGCGAAACAAGCCGAUCGCCCGAUCACCACGCCCCCGGCCGGAUCCCGCCGACGGCGUAUAUUCAUCAGCUACGCCCCCGACUGGGUAAUCACCAUUCUCCUCUGGGGCCUGUUCUACCUCCUCGACAAGAUUAACGGCUACCGCCGCCUGUUCAGUGUGACAGACACCUCCCUCGCACACCCUUAUGCAGACCCAGAGAGAGUACCCGUCUGGCUGUUAGCCGUGCUCUGUGGAAUCGUCCCUGCUGUCUUCAUCAUCCUCGUCGCGGCAUUUGUGAGGAGAUCGUUCUGGGAUGGACAUAAUGGUAUCCUCGGGCUGAUUCUCGGUCUGGGGUUGACAGCCACAUUCACCAAUAUCAUCAAGAUAACAGUCGGCCGCCCCCGACCCGACCUUUUUGCCCGCUGUAUCCUGCCCCCCGACCUCACCUCCAACCCAGUCCACGGCCUCACCUCCUGGACAGCCUGCACCACCACAGAUGACGGGAGAUUGAGCGAAGGGUUCAGGAGUUUUCCGAGUGGACACAGCAGUUUUGCUUGGUGUGGGAUGUGGUAUCUGAUCCUAUACCUCGCUGCUAAAAUGGAAAUAAAUAACCGCCAGGGAUUCACAUACAAAUCAUGGCUCCUCCUCGCCCCCCUUUCCUGCGCGACCCUCGUCGCAGUCUCGCGAACCAUGGAUUACAGGCAUCACGCGACCGACGUCAUUGCCGGUUCGGUGAUUGGGUUGUUGGGGGGGUGGUAUGCUUAUAGGCAGUAUUAUCCUCCCCUCUCCCACCCUGUAGCAUACAAACCCUACUCCCCCCGGAUCCCCAAAUCCGAUCCACCCCCUAUCCCACUCCAUUCCCAUUCCCAUUCAAGACCUAGUACAGAGGCGAUGCUCCGACAGCACGAAUUUCAGCCGUCUCAGGCUCAGUUUCAGUUUGGUAGGGAAUCGUCCGCUUCGCCUGUGGAGACUUUGGGCGAGAGAAGGGCCGGCGGAGGGUAUGGACCGGAUGGGCCGGUUGGAAUUGUGGAUAUGAAUGGAUGGAAUCGACAACCAUAUCAACCACAACAAACUCAACAAACACCAACUACAAUAAAGGAUCUGGAAAUACAGUCGGACAGACAACCACCGCAGAGUAAUAACAACCAUCUGCAGGAAAGUACGCUUGCAGAUCCGGGCGGUGAGAAUGUAGAGAUGGUUGAGCGGCCGUCGUAAAAAAGUGGGGUUUUGGGUUCGUAACCGGUUUUCAACGAUAGGAAAGGUUGCGACGUGAAGAGAUGAGUGAUGAAGUAAACCUCUGGUAGAGGGAAAGAAUUGGGUGCAGAAAAGGAGGUACAGACUGCACACCACGUACUUGUAUGAUGAGAUAUAUCUGUUUAUUAGAAAUCAGACAGAGCUGCAACAGUUGUAUGUAUAUUUGGCGCAGUGAAAAGGA